UGUAGUUGACAUAGGUCAGUGAGUUGGGUUAUCUAGAUCCCAAUAGGCAACAGGUUUUCUGCAUCUAUGGCAAAUCCAAAUUAUCUAGGUCCGUGAGUUGACAGAGCAUAAUUAACAAAAGGUAGACAUCAACUAAUCCAAUGAGUGGGCCUAAUAGUACCUUAGAACAAGGCAUUGCAAGCGACACAGAUCUCAACAACUAUGGUGUAGCCCUGUCCAUCUUAUCAGGCGUAAUCUGCUCCUUCGGCGCCCUUGCCAACGCCGUCAACGUGGUGGUCUUCUUCAAGCAAGGGCUCACGGACACGGUGACCGUCACCUUCUUCGCCCUGUCCGUCAUCGACGUCGGCGUUACGCUGACCAUGCUGGGAGUCGGCCUGUGCUUCAGCCCCCUAAUCACGGGGGCCGGGUAUCCCGUCAACACCUUCGACCUGUCGUACAUCAUCGGCUGGACGCAUAUCGCGUUCUCUCGCGUCUCCAGCGGGAUGACGGCGUUCGUGUCUUUUGAGAGGUGCCUCUGCAUCGCGACGCCGCUGAAGGUGAAGACCAUCAUCACGCUGAGAAGGACAUGCGUCAUCCUGGUCGUCAUCACCAUCAUCAUGACCCUCAGCACUGUCCCCGUGUUCUACACCAGCCGUAUGGCCUGGGUCAGUGACCCAGUCUCCAACACCACCGUUCUUAAAAUGGUCUAUACAGACGAUCGCUCGUUCGUCGACGGCAUCUCCUUCGGCAUCAACACAGUCUUCCUCGUCCCGGGAAUCUUCGUCGCCACCAUCAUCUUCGCCGUCAUCCUCACCUUCCAUUUGAGCCGAAAAGCGAAAUGGCGAGACUCCGUCGCCAACAGCAAGGGCCGGCCAGAAACCGGAAGCAAAGAUAAAGCGUUGCUAAGCAACAAAGACAGGAAAGCGAUAAAGAUGGUGGCCAUCAUUUCCGUUGUCUUCAUCGUCUGCUACGCACCGGAUAUCACCACGGUGAUGACCGCCAUCGUGGUGCCGGAGUUCAACGUGGGUAAAAGGGAACAGAACCUCCUGUUUAUCACAGGGACAUUCACGCUCCUUAUGCAGUCUAUCAACUCCUCGGUCAGUAUAUUCAUUUAUUUUAACAUGAGUUCAAAGUUCAAGAAAACAUUCUACGAGAUAUAUCUAGGCAAGUGCAGAAAGCUUACAGACUGACGCCAUAGCAGAGAGACAACUCUUAAUUCAGCAAGAGUAUAUAAAAUAAUUAUAAAAAAAUAGAACCAAUAACAAUAUUUAUAUUAGAUCUAUAUGUUAUUUGUUAUUUUCAUUUCAUAAUCAGUGUUACCUUUUCUUGGCUUAUAAUUUAUGUUGUCGUAAAAAUGUGAUAUACAUAGACCUAUAUAUAUAUAUAUAUAAAAAAGACUGGACCAACUUAAAAG